CACUAAAGUUUAGCUGGAUUUGAGGAGUUUGUUGAGGUCCGUGUUCUUAAGCUACAUUGUUUUACAAUUUCCAACACUUUUUUCACCUACAUAGGCGGUUUUGUCUGUGAGCGACCCAGUGUGAAAGACGAGAGAGAGAGAGAGGGAGGUCUGAGUGAGACUCAGAGAGCAGAGGAGAGGUGAGAAAAAAAAAAAAAAUGGGGAAAUCUACCUCCUGCUUCAAAAUUAUCACAUGCGGUAGCGAUUCAGCGGACAAAGAUGAUGCCGAAGCUUAUGGGAGCAAGGGUUCCACUGACAAACGCGGUUGGAGUUUUCGGAAGAGGUCUGCACGGCCUCGAGUGCUGAGCAACACUGUGAAUGCAGAAACUCCUUUAUCUGGAAAUAAGGAGAGUCCAGAAUCUGCGAAUCUUAAUUUCCAGGCAUCAGCUGACACUACCAUUCCAGAGAAGAUAUCUGUGGUGCAAUGCAUUGAUGAAAAACCCCCAUUGCCUAUCCCUGAGAAUCCAAAAGUAGAUGAGACUGCAGUUGCCACUGAAAGUGAAAGUGUGGUUGAUACCAAACCGGAUGAGUCCGUUGUCAUUGUCAUCCAGACUGCUGUCAGAGGGUUUAUGGCUCAAAGAGCACUCUUGAAGCUUACAAAUGUAGUUAAGUUGCAAGCUGCUGUUCGAGGGCAUUUGGUCCGUAGGCAUGCUGUGGGAACUCUACGCUGUGUUCAAGCCAUUAUUAAAAUGCAAGCUCUUGUUCGUGCUCGAUGUGCUCGGCUAUCUUUGGAAGGAUCAUAUCCAGUAAAGAAGUUGGUUGGGAAGCCUGAGAAGGAUAACAGUAGCACAAAGAACUUGAAGGAAAACUUAGCAGGCAAAACAAAUGUGACAUACACGUCUAUUGAGAAGCUUCUUAGCAAUAAGUUUGCCCGCCAGCUUUUGGAAUCAACUCCGAAGACGAAACCUAUUCAUGUCAAGUGUGAUCUCUCUAAACCUGACUCUGCUUGGAUGUGGUUGGAGAGGUGGAUGUCAGUCUCUGCAGCAGAUAUUGCAGAGACAACAAAACCAGUGACAGUGACAGAGCAACAGGAAGGACGAAAGGAAGACAAUUUUGAGUCUCAAUUAAAAUCUGGAAUGCAAUCUGAAGUCUUUGGUGAGACGGCUGAUUCAAAAUCUGGUAUUGAAGAAUCAGUUGUGCCAUCUGAAAGCGAAGAGAAUCUGAUUACUUAUGAGGCAGACAACUUCCACUUUCAUGCAAGCCAGUCUACUUCUUCUUUGGUAAAAGAUAAUUUGGAGCAGCCUCAGAUGGAAAGCAAAGAUGCAUCUGAUGCGAAGGAGACCUCAAUAGAUACAAGUUUUCUUCCAAAUCAAUCUUUGCAGUCAGAUGCAGAUUCUGAACUGGAGCAAAAUGCCUUUUCUGGGAAGCUUGAAAUGGAAACUGAGCAACCAAAACGUUCAAUGAAAAGAUCAGCCUCAGAACAACUGGAGACUGAGGGAAAGAAAUUUAUAUCUGGAUCAAGGAAAGUAAGUAAUCCUGCUUUUAUUGCUGCCCACUCGAAAUUUGAAGAGCUGAGUUCAACAGUCAAUUCAUGUAGAUCUAUCAGUUCCUCCUAUCAAGAGGCUGGAGUUGAAUCAGAGGACACAAUUUCAUCUGGUGCACAUCCCAUAAUCAGGACAAAGGAGAUAGGUGUUGCAGAAAAUCCAGCACUGCUUGGACCAAGGUUUCAAGUGGGUGGUUCGGAAUGUGGUACUGAACUCUCUAUUUCAUCUACUCUUGAUUCACCUGAUAUAUCUGAUGUUGGAGCUGUGGAGUAUGAUCGUGAAGCCAAAGUUUCAGAUGAAAGGCUUUCCAAUCCUAACAGCAUGAAAAACCCAGAUACUGAGGCAAAGGAUGUUUCUACAAUCCCUGCAUCUAGUGUAUCUCCUGUCACAGAUCAACCAGAGAAAGUUGAUGCUAUAAAUGCUGAAUCUAUUGAUUCCGUGGUUGCGGUUGACUCCCCGCAGAUAGAGCAGAGACCAGAUAGUAAUAAAUCCGAUUUUCAGAGAGAACCCCACUCUGAGACAGGCGUUCAAGUAUAUGGAUCAUCUCCAGAGGCUUCUCCAAGAAGCCAUAUGACAGUCCUUGAAUCUCAAGGAACACCUUCUAGUCAGGUUUCAGUGAAAGGGAGAAAACAUAAAUCUGACAAGAGUGGGUCUAGCCAAAAGCGUGGUUCUCUAUCUGCAGGGAAGAAAUCACCCUCAAAUGCAAAUCGGGAUUCUGGUGCAAGAAGUAGUGUGGAAAAAUUGUCCAAAGAGAGAAACGGUAAAAGGCGCAAUUCCUUAGGUUCAGCAAGACCUGAUCAGCCUGAUCACGAACCAAGAGAUAGCACUGCCAACAGUUCUCUCCCCCACUUUAUGCAAGCCACUGAGUCUGCUAGAGCAAAGCUCCAAGCAAAUAACUCUCCAAGAUCAAGUCCUGAUGUGCAAGAAAGAGACAAUUACAUCAAGAAGAGACAUUCUUUACCUGGGGCAAAUGGAAGGCAGGGUUCUCCACGUAUCCAGAGGUCAAUGUCUCAAGCACAACAGGGCACGAAGGGAAAUGAGAGAAAAUGGCAGAGGUAAAGAACUAUUUGAAUCGAUCAUCUUAUCAAUGCAGUAGUAGCGGAUGACCAGUAGUAUUGGGCGCUUAAAGUUGAAAGUUUGAUCAUAUAUUGGCCGGCUAGCUACUUAGUUUUGUACUGCAGCUUCUUCUGCUUGGAUGGCACCCUGGUUAUUCCAUGCAAAGUCACUUCUAUGAGGUUUUAUUAUAUAUAUAUGUAUGAAACUGAGAGAGGUUUAUUAUGUACAUUUUCUUCUGUUACUACGAUUAUUUUUUUAUUAUUUUGUGUAACUUUCACCAAAUGGUAUAUUUGUGUGUGAUAAAUACUACGUAGGUUUGUUAGA